CACCGUGAACCGCCACCGUAUAACGGCUGAGCAACCUAGCACAACCACCAAACAUGGCCAAGACAAAUUUCUUCCCAAUUUUGUUUGCAUUUAUCUUCAUUUCAUCAUACACAAUUUGCAAUGCUAAUGGUGAUAAUGAAGUUGAUGAUGAGUCAAAAUUCAGUUACUUGUUGGGAACAACAGAAGGACCAGAAAGUUGGGGUACGAUUAAAUCCGAAUGGAAAUUAUGUGAAACUGGAUUAUUUCAGUCUCCCGUUAAUUUCCGUAACAAAACUGUGAAAAUUACCACUGCUAUCCCUCGUUUGAAACCAAAUUACAAAAAUGCCCCUGCUAUGAUAGUUAACAGAGGUCAUGAUAUCAAGUUGCAAUGGGAAACAGAUGCAGGAAGUAUCAACAUUGAUGGUACUGAGUACAGAUUACAACAAUGCCAUUGGCAUACUCCUUCUGAGCACAAAGUUGAUGGAAAAUGUUUUGCUAUGGAAGCCCAUAUGGUUCAUCAGAGUGCUGAUGGUAGAUUAGCUGUGGUUGCUAUACCCUUCAAAAUUGGUGCCCCUAACCCUUUUCUUGAUGAGUUAAUAGGCCAUGUGAAGACAGUUGAUGAUAAGGGUCUUAAAUUGGGACUUGUUGACCCUCAACAACUUGGAGUCAAAGCUGAACCUUUCUAUAGAUACAUUGGUUCACUCACUGUUCCUCCAUGCACUGAGGGUAUUGUUUGGAGUGUAUUAUAUGAGGCAAGGACUGUUUCAAUGGAACAAAUGAUGGCACUAAGAAAUGCUGUUCAUGAUGGAUUUGAAGCAAAUGCAAGACCAGUUCAAGGCUUACAUAGAAGACCAGUGUAUCUAGCUAUGUAAGAUAGAUGAUGGCAUGUUAAUUUUAAA